GCGGGGCGGGAGCCCGGGCGGUCCCCCCGCCCCGCCGCUCCGCACCUGAGCGAGCAGCGGCGGCUCCGCGCCGGCCCCGGCCCCGGCCCCUCCGCCGCCCUCCCAUGGCUCGGCCGCUGCCGCUGCUGCUCUGCCUGGCCGCGCUGGGCGCCGGCUGCCGGGCAGGGCCCACCCCCGCCGGCACGGCUGGGCCCUCCGCCGAGCCGCUGCAGGACGAGGCGGACAACCAGGAGAACAUCCUCUCGCAGCUGCUAGGUGACUACGACAAGGUGAAGGCGGUGUCCGAGGGCUCCGACUGCCGCUGCAAAUGCCUGGUCAGGCCCCUGGGCCGUGGCGCCUGCCAGAGGAUUAACGAGGGCGCCUUCAGAGCCGAGGAUUUUUACACGGUGGAAACCAUCACGUCAGGACCCAGCUGCAAGUGUGCGUGCGUGGCCCCCCCCUCAGCUCUCAACCCUUGCGAGGGCGACUUCAGGCUGAAGAAGCUGCGGGAGGCAGACAGCGGUGACCUGAAGCUCUCCUCCAUCGUCGAGAUGCUGGAAAGUGCCUUUUAUGGCUUAGACCUUCUGAAGCUGCACUCAGUCACCACCAAGCUCGUAGGUCGGGUAGAGAAGCUCGAGGAGGGCAUGUCCAGGAACUUCACACAGGAAGGCCAGCGGGCAGGAGCCAGUGGGGAGGAGGGUCUGCAGGAUCCCCCUGGCAGGGAAAACUGCUCCAGGCUCCUCACCAACAGCCUGGCUGACAUCGAGAGCUCUCUGCAGCGGGAUGCUGAGGCUGCCUACGCUCACUCAGAGGGAAAAUAUGAAGAAAGGUUCCUGAAGGAUGAAACCAUCUCCCAGCAGAUCAACUCUGUGGAAUCCCUCCCAGAGCUGCACCUCUCUCAGGAGGACAAGAAGCCCGAGCAGCUCUUGCAGAGGAAGCUGCGGGUGAGCAGCCGGCCUCCUUCCAAGCCCACCAUUGUCCGAGGGGUCACCUACUACAAAGCCCAGUCCACCGAGUCAGAGAACGACAUUGAGGAGCAACGUGAGUUGGCGGACGAGCUGUUCAGUGGGGACAACACGGUGGACCUGCUGAUAGAGGACCAGCUCCUGAGGCCCAGCAGCAGGGCAGGUGAGGCCGUGAGAAAGCCCUCGCCAGUGGGGUGGCCGCCCACCCCUGGCAGCACUCCCAGCACCCUGCCAGCCGCUGGCACCGCUGCCACCGCCACGGUGCCCCUGUCCCCCGCCGCACCGGGCCCCACCGCUGCCAGCCGGCUGACCCCUGCCCCAGAGCCCGUGACUGCACCGGCAGGGCUGGCGGAGGAGGGGACCCCACAGCUACCGGCCGCCUUGGCCAGCACAGCGGUAGCCACAGCCACAGAGAACUUGCCCGUGGCCACCCCUGCUGGAGGCUGGAGUGACGUGGAGAGCCGCCCAGGAGGUUGGGUACAGGCGAACACCCCCGCAACGCCGGUCAGCCCGGCCAUCCCUGCCACCCCAAAGGAGGGCCUGGAGGAGGAGGACAUCAGGAACAUAAUUGGGCGCUGCAAGGACACGCUGUCCACCAUCUCGGGGCCCACCACCCAGAACACCUACGGGCGCAAUGAGGGAGCCUGGAUGAAGGACCCUCUGGCCCAGGAGGAGCGGAUCUAUGUCACCAAUUACUACUAUGGGAACACGCUGGUGGAGUUCAGGAACCUUGACAAUUUCAAGCAAGGUCGCUGGAGCAACUCCUACAAGCUCCCGUACAGCUGGAUUGGGACGGGGCACGUUGUCUACAACGGCUCCUUCUACUACAACCGGGCCUUCACGCGCAACAUCAUCAAGUACGACCUGAAGCAGCGCUACGUGGCCGCCUGGGCCAUGCUGCACGACGUGGCCUACGAGGAGUCCACCCCGUGGCGGUGGCGAGGCCACUCUGACGUGGACUUUGCCGUGGACGAGAAUGGCCUGUGGGUCAUCUACCCGGCCAUCAGCUACGAGGGCUUCAACCAGGAGGUGAUCGUGCUGAGCAAGCUGAACGCGGCCGACCUCAGCACCCAGAAGGAGACCACGUGGCGGACGGGGCUGCGCAAGAACUUCUACGGGAACUGCUUUGUCAUCUGCGGGGUCCUGUACGCGGUCGACAGCUACAACAAGAGGAAUGCCAACAUCUCCUACGCCUUUGACACGCACACCAACACGCAGAUCAUCCCCAGGCUGCUCUUUGAGAACGAGUACGCCUACACCACGCAGAUAGACUAUAACCCCAAGGACCGCCUGCUCUACGCCUGGGACAAUGGCCAUCAAGUCACCUACCAUGUCAUCUUUGCCUACUGAGACCCCCCCACCACAGUGGGGCACUGCAAGCCAGGGGCCACCAGCACCUUUUAUUAUUAUUUUUAUUGUUAUUAUUGUUAUUUUGUACAAAUUGAAGAGUAAAUGAUGGGUUUUGUUUCAAGCUGGUUUUUUAUGGCGGAUUGUAGAUCAAUCCCCAGGCCAGAACCACCCCCUUUGUCUUUGCUGUAUCCUUGCUUCUGAUUUCCUUCCCAGGGGAAGGAGUUCUCCUUUGGAAGGGCAGGCCCGGCUCUCCUGCCCAGGGAAGAGGAGGUGGCCCAGACACGGUCCUCCUGAUGAUGUUUUUAGCUAAAGAUGAUCAGCAACACACCCUGAACCAGUGCAAAGCUGCACACACCAGGUCGCAGCGGGAUGCUGCUGCCUGCCUGUCCUGGUGGAGGAUCAGCAUGUCCCACGGGAAUGGCCCUCAGGACCAUCUUCCCAGCUGACAGCCAGCAGGCCCCUUGGACAUCCUGCUGUACAACAGGGCUGUGAGCACAGCUCCAGCAGCCCCUGGUGCUGGUACUUAUGCCGAGGACUGUCCCCUCCAGCCGGGGCUCUGCUCUCUGCAGGCUGCUCUGGGGUCCGGGUGCACCCUGAGCCCUGACUUACAUCUGGAGGGAGCUGGCAGCGGGAGGGGGAUGCUGUAAGUAAGUGUACAUGGCUUUUGUUUGUUCCUUUUGUAACCCAGAGUAGUCCCCCUUGGCGUUUGCUGGGUGAAGGCUCUGCUCAGCUGGGCGCUGCGCUGCCCGGGCAGGGGCAGGCAGAGCCCUCGCUGUGCCACUCCAUCUCCUACAUUCCCUCUCACGCCCAUGCCUGCCCUGCUCCUGGGCCAUCAGGAUCCACUCACAGAGGCACAGCCCUUGCCCUCCUGCCCACCAGCAUCUUGUAUUUACCUGCUGUCAGUAAUAAAGGAUCCAGUACCUUCGCA